GGUCAUGUUUUUCUCCAGUUGUUUGACGUAUAUGCUGUAGAGUUAUACCGCUAGAAAUGCAAAACGACGACGUCAAGCCUGACGAGAGAGAUCUGUUGUGUGGGUGGAGAUCAUUCAGACCUAAAGUCCUACAGAAACUCAACUCGCCAAAAUGGUUUCUCGUGUUUCUUACUCUUUACUCCUUCAUGCAAGGAAUGAUUGCCACAGGGCUGACAGCUGCAGGUCUCACUUCGCUCGAGAAGAGAUUCAAACUAAGCAGCAAGCAGACUGGUAUGAUAAUAGCAGCAAAUGACGUAUCCGCGCUUCUUCUAAUCAUCUUCAUUAGUUACUUUGGAGGCCACAGGAACAAAGCGCGCUGGCUAGGCAUAGGAGCCCUGGUAACUAGCUUAGGAUGUCUACUGUUCGCCUUGCCCCACGUAUUGGUGGGCAAGUACACCCCUCUUCAAUUUGAAACGGCUGGGACCAGAGACGCGUGUCUGUUCAACACUACUGGAAUACCUAGGGACGAAGAGACAUGUGCAGAAGCCAAAGGAUAUACCGCCUGGAAGUACAUGCUUGUGUUUAUAGGAGCUAAGCUUCUCUUAGGUGCUGGGACCACGCCCCUGUUUACACUUGGUCCGGCGUAUAUUGAUGAGAAUGUGAACCCCAAGGUGGCACCCAUGUAUCUUGGAGUGUGGUUUACGGCCACGUUUUUCGGCCCUGGAAUUGGUUACGUAGCAGGAGGGUCGCUUCUGAAUGUCUGGGUAGAUCUCAUUCAGCCUCCUGGAGUUGACCUGACUCCCGAUGAUCCCCGCUGGAUCGGGGCCUGGUGGCUAGGGUACUUUUUCGGGGGACUUCUACUGCUAUGUACCUCAAUAGCUCUCCUUGGCUAUCCUAAAGAGAUGCCAGGGGCCCGAGAACGACGAAUGACAGCGAUAAAGGAGGGACUUUUACCCCCUAGAGAUGAGCACAUCCAAGGACGACUAAAGGAUAUUUUACCAGCCACGAAAGCCAUUCUGACAAACAAAACGUUCAUGCUAAACACCUGUGCUUUUUGCUGUACUACGCUCAUCGCCACAGGACUAGGGCCGUUCGUCUCUAAGUUUAUUCAGUCGCAGUUCGGCAAGUCCUCUUCUACAGCAGGAAUCCUCUCUGGCAUCGUGAUUAUCCCAGGGACCGCGGGCGGUAUUUUCCUGGGGAGUUACCUGGUCAAGAGGGUCGAUGUGAGACGUUCGUGUAAAAUCGCCGCCAAGUACUGCUUUAUCUUCCAGUUCAUCGGCACUUGGGCUGUGCUAACAUUUCUCAUUCCCGGCUGUAAGACCACAUUGCUUGCUGGGAUCAGUCAACCAUACAACAACAGAACACUGACCGAGAUUAACAAGUCUGCUCCAUGUAAUUCUCUGUGUCACUGUAAUAGCCGUGACUAUGAUCCAGUUUGUGGAGUCGAUGAGUUGUCCUACUUCUCUCCGUGUCACGCUGGAUGCACGAUACGAAAGAUGGACGGAAGAAAAGAGGUGUAUGAAAGCUGUCGUUGUAUACCGUCUCAAGAGAAGCCUCUUCCUUACGGCACAGCCAAACAGGGGACGUGUGACCGGGAUUGUAAGAAUUUGGUUCCAUUUCUGUUCGGCGCUGUUGUGCUGCUUAUCUUCAAUUUUAUGAACGCCACGCCCAACAAAACUGUCGUGUUGAGAUGUGUUCCAGACAAUCAGAGGACGUACGCUCUAGGCCUGCAGUGGUUGUUUCUGUGUAUGUUUGGUUCUAUGCCUGGUCCUGUUAUAUUCGGUGCGUUUAUAGACAAGACAUGCAUCCUGUGGGAGGAGACGUGUAGCGGCAGAGGAAGCUGUUUGGAGUACAACAACGAACUUCUCAGCUAUUUGCUAGUGGCAGCUGGUCUCUUCUUUCAAAUCCUUUCAGCCGCUCUCUACUUCGGUUCAUGGUUCUUCUGCAAGCCAAACGAUCCAAACCCGGAUGUAGACCAUCCAGCUCAGUCGCAAACUCGCCUUAGCCCUCCUCAGACACCUGUGCCAGGCCUGGAAAUCCGCCAACAGCGGCAAGCUGCUGGUCAGCAGACCACUUCAAAGGAAGAAACUCUUGCGCAGGCUGAUCCUGACAGCGGAAGCCUCUCCCCAGUCCCUGGCUUUGCGCGGUAUGCAACUGAUGACGAAAGUGUCUUCCUUUCUUUUAAGAAUGCGGGAGAUGAGAGCCGAUGUAGUUUUCUUCCUGUUACGCAGUUCGAAUCUUCGAUUUAGAGGUGAAUGUUUUCAUUACGAUGCGCCAAAACAGAAACGAACGCCUCUCAUGUUAGGAAAUACUAACUCUUGAGUCCUUAUUUCAUAUAAACAUUAAGUACCUGACUGGAUACAACCCAAAAUAGACAAACCAUUUAAAUAACAUCUGAUAGUUGCUAACAGCUUUUAUAACGUUUGUAGUAACUGGAACGUAGUUUUCCAGUAUUGGGACGUUUUGAAAUUAUCCCACAAGUCACAGGCAAUCUUUCAUGCGAAGCGCGAUGCAUAUAAGAUGAAAGAUCACUCUUUAAGAAAAGAUGAAAGAUCACUUUUUUAAAAAAAAAAUAUCGACACGUUCGUUAAGGUAAUUUAGAAGUCAACCUGUGUCCCAGUUAGCAAAAAAGGUCUACUUGUAUUGAACUAAAUAUAAACAAAAAGCCAAGAGAGAAGGGUGACUGCGAGGCCAGACUUCGCUUUGCAAUAUUUUGCUUCUACCUUGACGAAAGGGACCGAUUGCAGUGUUUUCACGUCUAGUUGCGAGGUUAAAACUAAAGUCUAUACUCCGAAACGGCCUUUUCAUGUAAAUUCUUUGCAGGUUUAGCCUCUUUGUACGUACGCAACGGAUUAAAUCUCGGUUAACUGAAACCAAUAUUUUGGAUACAUUUUAAAACGAUUGAGACACUGCGUACACUAACAAAGUAAUUUUUGUUCAGAAUCACCUCUAAGUAUAGUUUCUAUCUAUGGUAAAUUUAAAUUGAAUCUGGUUUCGUUUAUUUUACGAAUUUUUUUAUUUGUUAUUAAGUUUGAAAUUUUCUUAUCGUUUGUUGCCAUAGACAUGGUCAAGGCGGUUUUCUACAUUUGUUAUUCGUACUUUUUGGAUAGUGCACACUUAUCCGUUUAUUUUUGAUAUACCACACAAUAGAUCGACUAGUUUAGCUCGAGAGGGUUCUUCAAAUACAAUUUCUCACGAAGGGUUAUUUUUUCUAGACACAUUUUAAGGUUAAUAUAAAGCAUUAUUUUCAUUGCAUAAAUUCUUAGUUAACUUAAGGAUUGUACAAUAUAUGAAUUCAACGUGACUCGAAUGGAAAAAGAAAUUCUGACUUUCAAUUGUAAAUAGACACCCGCCUCUCACUGCUCCAGCCGCUACGUACGAACGUUCUUGCACAAACACCCGUUGUGGCCGGCAUCGACGAGGAAAGGAUAUGUAUUUACAGGCUACCUAAAUCAAGAGUUAACUAUUAAUUAUAAAUGAAAUAUGUUAAUACUCUUUAAACUGCUAUUUCAGUGGAAAGGGCUUUUUUGUACCGUUCACUAGGAUUAUAACGCAUCUUUACAUCUUGAGCUUUUCUAUAACAGUAGCAAAACGCCUUUCCCGUUUUUUAAAAUUAGUACUGAAAAAUACCAUGCCGAGUUUGAAGAAUGAUGAUAUAAUAAUUGUUAAUGAAGUUGUAUGGAUAAUUGUAUAUAGAAUAGUAAAAGAAAGUUAUAUGGUAGUCAUUCAGGAGAUAUUCAGCCGUGUUCAAUUAUUCAGAGGCUAGUAAGAUUUUUUUUUCAGUUAAGUGCUAAAGCCUGUGUAGGCCCGUAAAGUUUGCGUUGUAAGCAAAUUAAGCACGGACUGGUGCUGUAAGCUCCCUAGUUGUUGUAGCUUCACAUAAGGAUGUGGUUAGGUUGCACUGAAUAGAAGAGACGCUGCCAAUCCUUUCUAGGCGUUGGCUAUGAUUAAAAGGGACUGGUGGAGAAGCGAUGACCGGAUGUCUUUUGAGUUUAACAUGAUGCUAUUUACAGUGUGUUGUGGUUUGAUUUCCAAGAAAACGAAUUUGGAGGUUCGCAUUCUUAUGUCUUAUCUUUUAGCCAAUGAUGAGCUUAGUGAAGGGCUACGCUAACCGACUACAUCUAGCGCAAGUCCGUGUUUUACUAAAGAAAAGCGGCUUUCAUAAUUUAGGUUUUCUGAUUUCUAGGAUCUACGAGUCAGCGGUCUCUUGUGAGAGGCACGCGCGCGGGCGCGUUGUGUCUCUCGAGUCCAGCCUUGUAGAUCCUGGAGAUCAGAAAACGGUUUAGAGUGUGUCCAUUUUUCAACAUUUCCUCUUUGUCAGUCAAAUAUCACUCGUUAACAUGCAAGAUCAAAUAAAUUAUUCUUUUGGCUUUA